ACACACACACACACACUCUCGGACAUGUCACCCUUGCCGAAUGUCACCUGGAAUAAAAGACAGAGCUAAUAUAUUGCCUGGUAAAUCCUUUACUCCUCAUGAUAACACUGUAUAUUUGUUUAAUUUGCAGGCACUCCAUGGACGACUUGUUCAGGCCCUUCCCUUUUGCUUUGCUCCACAACGGUUCGCCAGCUCCUUCAAGGCAGCGGAUCUCAGCAUCGAACGCAACACAGCAUGCAAGCCGAAGCCGGACCCUUCCACCUUGCUGUUCGGCAAGAGCUUCUCCGACCACAUGUUGACCAUCAACUGGUCACAGAAAGACGGCUGGGAGGCACCUCACAUCGUGCCUUUCCAGAACCUGUCGCUGCACCCUGCCACCUCCGCCCUGCACUACUCCACAGAGCUGUUUGAAGGCAUGAAAGCUUUCCGUGGAGUCGACAAUCGCAUCCGGCUGUUCAGACCGAUGCUGAACAUGGAGAGGAUGCACCGCAGCGCAGACCGAAGCUGCCUUCCUCUGUUUGACAAAGGCGAGCUGCUGGAGUGCAUCAGGAAGCUGGUGGAGCUCGACCAAGAAUGGGUUCCCUAUUCUCUGAACGCCAGCCUCUACAUCAGACCCACCUUCAUAGGAACGGAGCCGUCGCUCGGUGUGUCUCCACCGGGCAAAGCGAUGAUCUUCGUCAUCGUGGGCCCAGUGGGACCGUAUUUCGCCACAGGGUCCUUCAACCCCGUGUCUCUGCUGGCCGACCCUUCGUUUGUCAGAGCUUGGAGAGGAGGAGUCGGGGCUUAUAAGAUGGGAGGUAACUACGGCCCUACGAUAGCGGUGCAGAACGAGGCGGUGAAGAGGGGCUGUCAGCAGGUCCUGUGGCUGUACGGAGAACAGGAGGAGAUCACCGAGGUCGGCACCAUGAACCUCUUCAUCUACUGGACCAACGAGAAUGGAGAGAAAGAGUUGGUGACCCCUCCUUUGGACGGCAUCAUUCUUCCAGGAGUCACCAGACAGUCUCUGCUGGACCUGGCCAGAUCCUGGGGUGAGUUUAAGGUGACCGAGCGUACGAUGGGCAUGAAGGAGCUGCUUGGGGCUCUGGAUGCGGGGAGAGUCCUGGAGGUGUUCGGAGCAGGGACGGCCUGCGUCGUCUGUCCUGUCGGCAGCCUCCUCUACAGAGGAAAGACGUAUGAGAUCCCUACUAUGCAGAAUGGUCCAGACCUGGCAAAGAGGUUCCACAAAGAUCUUACUGAUAUUCAGUAUGGACGCACAGAAAGUGAAUGGGCACCACUGGUCGGUUAAGCGGCCGUUUUGCACACGCCGGUUGUAUCAACAGUUAGCUAAAUAAUUCCAGUUUGGACGACCAGCAGCCCCUUUCCCUCCCCCCACACUCUCAACCCACUAAUGCACUCCUGCUUACUCACCAACCCGAGGAGACGGACGCCUCCCUCUGUCGGUCUUCUCAGGCGACUUUAACAGAUGUUCCUCAAUCUGUGGGCUCUCUCAAAAAGACGGUUGGUGGUUUGACUGUAGCUUUGGAGAGCAAUAUUGACGACAAUAUGCAACGUUUUGACUCAACCCUUUCUAACCCUCUGAGGUGUUCACUACAAGCCAAGUAAAACAAUCUCACUGAGGAACAAGAAUCAAGCAAAUACAAGCAACCAGAUGAAGUUAAAAAAAACAAAGAUGAGGAGUUUCUGGUAGUGAUAUCUAUUAUUCUUCUAGCAAGAAUGCUUUCAAAUCCUCACACCAGCUGUCUAAUUAGGUCACACAGCUUAAAUGCUACACUCCUUUCAUUCAAGUAUUUGUCCAAACAUUCACUUGGAUUAAAUUCUUCGUGUUUCCUGAGGAUAGUUCUCAUAGCUAAUAGCACAAAUGUCUCAUUUUUAUCAACACUGCAUUCUGGCAUCAAGAAAAAAAAAAAACACAAAAAAAGGCACAAACUGACAUAUUUCGAGCGUAGGAGCUGAAAUACUUGCAAUACUAAUGCAGCUACGUACUUUGUGUGGCUGUGGCUGUUUUUCUUACUGUCAUUAAAUCUCAUGUGUAGAGCCAAACUAACAUUGGAGUGAUCCUACUUACAAGUACUGUGUGGGUAUCCAAAAGCCUAAUAUAUUGUUUUCCUUUGUGUCAUAA